UCCACAGCCACGACCAUGCCAUUCUUCUGCUACCAUAGGAGAAAAAUGCCCCGUUCGUGACUCACACCAGUUUCCUACCCACUAAAUAAGGGACAAACCUAGCCCCCGGACAGCGCGAAAGACAGGAUUUGGAGCAUCGGUGCUCGGCUUGGCCUCUUAUUGGGCAUGGAUGACGUCACUCGGCCAGGCGUGGCUCUAGUUGUGACGUUUCCCAAGGCGGAUGGUCAAGGACGCGGCGGAAGGCGGGAGCGGAAGGGCCGGAAGUUGUGGCCCGGCGGUGUCAACCUGGGAGCUGCAGGCUGGGAGUGUGGCUGAGACAGCGACCAUGGGCGGGAAGAACAAGCAGCGGACCAAGGGGAACCUGAGGCCUUCAAACAGUGGCCGAGCUGCAGAACUCCUUGCCAAAGAACAGGGAACAGUGCCUGGAUUUAUUGGUUUUGGAACGUCACAGAAUGACCUCGGCUAUGUUCCUGCUAUUCAGGGAGCUGAAGAAAUUGACAGUCUUGUAGAUUCUGAUUUCCGAAUGGUGCUGCGGAAACUUUCUAAGAAAGAUGUCACAACAAAGUUAAAAGCUAUGCAGGAAUUUGGAACCAUGUGUACAGAGAGAGACACAGAAGUCGUAAAAGGAGUUCUUCCAUACUGGCCAAGAAUUUUCUGCAAAAUUUCACUUGAUCACGAUCGCCGGGUUCGAGAAGCCACGCAGCAGGCUUUUGAAAAGCUUAUCCUUAAAGUAAAGAAACACUUGGCUCCUUAUUUAAAAAGUUUAAUGGGCUAUUGGUUAAUGGCUCAGUGUGAUACUUACACGCCAGCUGCAUCUGCAGCAAAAGAUGCCUUUGAAGCAGCUUUCCCUCCAAGCAAGCAACCUGAAGCCAUAGCAUUUUGUAAGGAUGAAAUUACAAGUGUGCUACAGGAUCAUCUUAUAAAAGAAACACCCGAUACACUCAGUGAUCCACAAACGGUUCCAGAGGAAGAAAGAGAAGCUAAAUUCUAUCGGGUUGUAACUUGUUCCUUAUUGGCAUUAAAAAAAUUGCUUUGCCUCUUACCUGAUAAUGAGCUUGAUUCUCUGGAGGAAAAAUUUAAGUCUCUUUUAUCACAGAAUAAGUUUUGGAAAUAUGGAAAACACAGUAUACCUCAGAUCCGCUCAGCUUAUUUUGAGUUAGUUUCUGCUUUGUGCCAGCGUAUUCCACAGUUGAUGAAAGAUGAAGCAUCCAAAGUGAGCCCAUCUGUUCUACUUAGCAUUGAUGACAGUGACCCCGUUGUAUGCCCCGCUCUCUGGGAAGCUGUACUUUAUACACUUACAACUAUUGAGGACUGUUGGCUUCAUGUAAAUGCAAAAAAAAGUGUGUUUCCAAAGCUGUCAGCUGUGGUUCGUGAAGGCGGUCGGGGUCUGGCUACCAUCAUAUAUCCUUAUCUUUUGCCAUUUAUCAGCAAACUCCCUCAGUCCAUUACAGAUCCAAAGUUGGAUUUCUUCAAAAAUUUCCUCACCUCUGUAGUUGCAGGGCUGUCAACAGAGAGAAUCAAAACCAGCUUUUCAGAGUGCUCAGCAGUAAUAUCAGCUUUUUUUGAAUGCUUACGUUUUAUAAUGCAGCAAAACUUAGGUGAGGAAGAGAUUGAAGAGAUGCUCAUCAGUGAUCAGUUGAUUCCUUUUAUUGAUGCAGUUCUCAAAGACCCAAGAUUGCAAGAUGGGCAGCUAUUUAACCAUUUAGCAGAAACCUUAAGUUCCUGGGAAGCCAAAGCAGAUGUGGAAAAAGAUGAUAAAAUAGCUCACAGUUUGGACAAAGUACUACUGAAUUUUUGGGAAAGACUGUCAGAGAUCUGUGUGGAGAAAAUCAAUGAGCCAGAAGCUGAUGUGAAAUCCGUGUCAGGUGUUUCUAACCUGUUACAGGUCCUUCAGAAGCCGAAGAGCUCACUGAAGUCAAAUAAAAAAAAAGUUGGUAAGGUUAGAUUUGCUGACGAGCUGCCUGAAAGUAAUAAAGAGAACGAAAAAUGUGUCUCCUCCGAAGGCGAAAACAGUGAAGGCUCUGAAUUAAUGACUGAACUUUCUCUCUCUCAUAAUUGUUCAGACCUUGUAUCGCCACUAAGGAAGAAACCUUUGGAAGACUUGGUCUGUAAACUAGCAGCGAUGAGUAUUAAUUAUGUCAAUGAGCAAAAGUCAGAGCAACAUCUAAAGUUUCUUUCCACUCUGCUCAGCUCUUUCUCUUCAACCCAAGUAUUUAAAAUGCUACUAGGUGAUGAGAAACAGAGUAUUGUCAAAGCCAAACGUCUUGAAAUAGCCAGACUUGUAGAAAAAAAUCCUGCUGUACAGUUUUUAUACCAGAAACUGAUAGGUUGGCUAAAUGAAGAUCAAAGGAAGGAUGCUGGUUUCUUGGUGGACAUUUUGUACAGUGCCCUCUGUUGCUGUGACAAUAAUAUGGAAAGAAAGUAUGUCUUGGAUGAUCUCAUUGAGGGGAAUCUGAAAUGGAAUUCUAUUCUUCAGGUCAUUGAAAAGGCAUGUUCUAGUUCAGAUAAACAUGCUUUAGUAACUCCUUGGCUAAAAGGAGAUAUCCUUGGAGAGAAAUUGGUAACCCUGGCAGAUCAUCUUUGUCAUAAGGACUUGGAAUCCACAGUAUCUUCUGAUUCUUACUUCUCGGAGAGAUGGGCUCUUCUAAGCUUGGUAUUAUCCCAACAUGUUAAAAAUGAUUACUUGAUUGGAGAAGUAUAUGUUGAAAGAAUUAUUGUUAAACUUCAUGAAACUUUAUCCAAAGUAAAGGAAUUGUCAGAAGCUGAAAAUAAUGAUUCAUCAGUGUCUUUUAUCUGUGAUGUGGCCUAUAACUAUUUCAGCUCAGCAAAAGGAUGCUUGCUAAUGCCAUCCUCUGAAGACUUAUUAUUAACUCUCUUUCAGUUAUGUGCUCAGAACAAAGAAAAAACACAUUUGCCAGACUUUCUUGUCUGUAAACUGAAAAAUACUUGGCUCUCUGGUGUGAAUUUAUUGACCCACCAAACUGGCAGUGCAUGUAAACAGAGUACCUUCCUAUGUUUGUCUGCUCUGUGGCUGAAGAACCAAGUUCAGUCUUCAUCUUUGGAUAUCAAAAGUCUUCAAGUCCUCUUGUGUGCUGUUGAUGACUUGCUAAAUAUGCUUCUAGAAAGUGAAGAUACUAAUCUUCUGGGAGUUUAUAUUGGAAGUGUAAUGCCAAGCAACAGUGAAUGGGAAAAGAUGAGACAGUCUCUUCCAAUGCAGUGGUUGCAUAGACCUCUUUUAGAAGGAAGAUUGAGUUUGAAUUAUGAGUGUUUCAAAACAGAUUUUAAAGAACAAGAUGCAAAGAAACUUCCCAGCCAUUUGUGUACUUCAGCAUUAUUGAGCAAAAUGAUAUUAGUUGCACUGAAAAAGGAAAUAGUCCUAGAAAAUAAUGAGCUUGAGAAAAUAAUUGCAGAACUGCUCUAUUCACUGCAGUGGUAUGAAGAAUUAGACAAUCCCCCUAUUUUUCUAACUGGAUUUUGUGAAAUGCUUCAAAAGAUGAAUAUUACAUAUGAUAACUUAUGUGGACUUGGUAAUACCUCUGGCCUUUUACAGCUGCUAUUUAACAGAUCCAUGGAAAAUGGCACCCUUUGGUCUCUUAUUAUUGCUAAGUUGAUCCUUUCCCGAAGUGUUUCAUCUGAUGAAGUAAAACGGCAUUAUAGGAGAAAAGAAGGGUUUUUCCCACUAACGGAAGGCAAUAUGCAUACCAUUCAAAGUCUCUGUCCGUUUUUGUCAAAAGAAGACAAGAAAGAAUUCAUUGCUCAAUGUAUACCUCCCCUUUUGGCCUGGACUAAGGAAGAUCUUUGCAGUACUAAUGGAGGUUUUGGACAUCUUGCCAUUUUCAACUCUUGUCUGCAAACCAGAAGCAUAGAUGAUGGGGAGCUGUUACAUGGUAUAUUAAAAAUUCUGAUAUCCUGGAAGAAAGAUCAUGAAGAUGUUUUUCUUUUCAGUUGUAAUCUAUCAGAAGUAAGUCCAGAGAUACUAGGUGUGAAUAUAGAAAUAAUCCGGUUCCUUUCCUUGUUCCUGAAAUACUGUUCAUCUCCUUUGGCAGAGAGUGAAUGGGACUUCAUCAUGUGCUCCAUGUUGGCUUGGUUGGAGACAACAAGGGAGAAUCACACACUGUAUUCUGUUCCACUUGUACAACUGUUUGCCUGUGUCAGCUGUGAUUUGGCCUGUGAGCUCAGUGCUUUUUUUGAUUCCACAACUCUGGACACCAUUGGCAAUCUCCCCGUGAAUCUAAUCAGUGAAUGGAAAGAAUUUUUUUCCCAAGGCAUCCACAAUUUGCUUUUACCUCUUUUGGUGACUGUUACAGGAGAAAGCAAAGAUACAUCUGAAACAUCCUUCCAGAAUGCAGUGCUGAAGCCCAUGUGUGAAACAUUAACAUAUAUCCCAAAGGACCAGCUAUUGAGUCAAAAACUCCCUUCAAAAUUGGUUGCUGGCCAAAAAACAAACUUACCAGAAUAUCUUCAGACUUUGCUAAAUACUUUGGCCCCAUUACUCCUCUACAGAGCUCGGCCUGUGCAAAUUGCUGUUUACCAUAUGCUAUACAAAUUGAUGCCUGAAUUACCACAAUAUGAUCAGGAUAAUCUGAAGUCAUAUGGAGAUGAAGAAGAAGAACCAGCCUUGUCACCACCAGCAGCGCUGAUGUCUCUUCUUAGCACUCAAGAGGACUUACUAGAAAAUGUUUUGGGGUGUAUUCCUGUUGGACAGAUAGUUACUAUUAAGCCACUGAGUGAAGACUUCUGCUAUGUUCUGGGAUAUCUCCUCACUUGGAAAUUAAUACUUACUUUCUUCAAAGCUGCUUCAUCUCAGCUUCGGGCACUGUAUUCAAUGUACCUUCGAAAAACAAAAAGUUUGAAUAAAUUGCUCUAUCACCUGUUCAGACUGAUGCCAGAAAAUCCGACUUAUGCAGAGACAGCUAUUGAGCUCUCUAAUAAGGAGCCUAAAACAUUCUUUACAGAAGAGCUCCAGUUGAGUAUUAGAGAAACAGCAACUCUUCCAUACCAUAUCCCACACUUGGCUUGUUCAGUCUAUCAUAUGACAUUAAAAGACUUACCUGCCAUGGUUAGGCUGUGGUGGAAUAGUAGUGAGAAGCGUGUUUUCAAUAUUGUAGAUAGAUUUACAAGCAAGUAUGUCAGCAGUGUUCUUUCUUUUCAAGAAAUUUCUUCUGUACAAACAAGUACACAACUAUUUAAUGGCAUGACGGUUAAAGCUCGGGCUACUACUCGAGAAGUGAUGGCUACUUACGCUAUUGAGGACAUAGUUAUUGAGCUUAUUAUACAGCUGCCUUCAAAUUACCCACUGGGCUCAAUAACCGUGGAGAGUGGGAAGAGAGUGGGAGUGGCUGUUCAGCAGUGGCGGAACUGGAUGCUGCAGUUGAGCACUUACCUCACCCAUCAAAAUGGAAGCAUUAUGGAAGGCCUAGCAUUAUGGAAAAAUAAUGUAGACAAACGUUUUGAGGGUGUUGAAGAUUGCAUGAUCUGUUUCUCAGUCAUUCAUGGUUUCAACUAUUCUCUUCCAAAAAAAGCCUGUAGAACAUGCAAGAAGAAGUUCCAUUCAGCCUGCUUGUACAAAUGGUUUACGUCUAGCAACAAAUCCACUUGUCCACUCUGUCGUGAGACCUUUUUCUGAAAAUUUUUUUCCAUUGGAAGUGAUCCCUGAAGUAAAUCAAGCAGAGUGUGGCUUUGGAUCCACCUUGAAGUAUUGAUGUGAGGAGGCCAGUGAGCGUUCCUUUUAAAUGAGACCUUCUCUGGAAAAUUAUUUUGGUUAAUGUAAUGAUCCUAAAUCAGGUUUACUUAUCUUUAGAUUGCUUUGUAAAUGUUUGGAAACCUUUUCUUUUACAUAAGAAUAUUACAUAUUUGAGAGAAAAUAUUUAUAUUAAUAGUUUAAUCUUUUUGUAUAUUUCAAAAUAAAUACGGAAAAACCCUAAAAUUACAGAAUUGGAAUUUGUGAAAGCACUGUACAACUAUAUUAUACUAAAAAACACAGUUUGUUCAUCUAUAUUCUGAAAGUCCAACUGAUGCAAAUGAAUGGAGAAGGUUGAUUUCUAUCUACAGAUAUUUUAAGACUUAUUUAUUAGUUAUGACAACAAAAUUAAUUAGUAUUCGGAUAUUUGUAGAUUAUUUUAAUGAUAAAAUGAGGCUAAGCUAUUAAUAUAGCUUAUUAUAAGCUAUUGGAAGCAUGCUUUGAAAUCCUAUAGCAAAGUGUAAACUGAACUUUAAGGUGUCUCCAUUUAUCAAGGGUUAUGAAAUUCAGAAAAUUCAUGGCACUGACCUUUUGCUGUGGAAGAAUUUCCAUGUAUUAAUGAAAUUUGAAUUGCAGAUCUGUCAGUGACUUUAUUAUUACUCAGUUUGAGUGAGUCUCCAGAGGAUAUGAAUUUGAGAGAAGCAAAAAUUAGAUUAUUUCAUUCAGGAAGCAGAGUGGUAGUUAUCCCUCUAUUGAGAGGGAAGAAAUAAGUAUUUCUGAAAUUUAACAUUGGUGGAAAAAAAUGUUGCAGGAGGCUUUCAAUUUUGUAAGCAAACUUUGCUAUUCUUACUGGCCAAGAUUACACUAAAUUAGAGAUUUGGGGGAGCUUAUUUUUUCCAGCCUUUAGAAGUACAAGUUAAUAAUUUUAGUACUAACUAAAAUUCAGUAUAAUGGGCUGAAAUGAAGUAGGCGGAAACCUGCCUUUUGCCACAGCACUGUUACCCUUAAAAAAUUGUGCCCAAGAUAUAAACAUGUGGAAGUUUGGAACUUGGAAUCAUUUUAUUGCAGUCUUCCAUUACACGGAAAAAAAUUUGCAUAUCUAGUAGCAAGUUUACUGGAAAGAUCAGCUGAUCAUCUCUGUUGCAAAUGUUUAAUUGGCAAAAAGCAAGUCAUGUUAAAUAAAAUCACUGCUUACCAUCAACUGGGUAAAAUGGUUAUUAUUGAACUAGAAUGAAUGUGGUCAGAGUAUUGUAGUCGAGAGUGAAGUAUUAUGCGUGAGUUAUAGACCCUCUUGAGUUGAAUUUGUAGAUGCAGUAUCCUACCCAGUUUUAUCUGUCUCUUGGAUUUUUCUCUGUAGUGUUUAUUAUCUUAUAGCCUUGAGACUCAAGGAGUCAGUAAGUGAAGAACAGGUAGCAAAAUUCUACUACCUCUGCUUAACCCCUUUCUUAAAAUAUUCUUUUACGUCUCUCUCUGACAUAGUAAUCCCAAAGGAUUGUGUUACUCCUCUGUGAAAGUUACACACUUUUCCUUUAAAAAUGGUUUUAUAAUAAGACCUUGUUUAUAACUUUUCCAGUAUUGGUACUUCUUGGCUUCUGAUCCAAACCUCAAGAAGAACACAAAAGGGAAUAAUGGAGCAUUGUUUUCCACAUUUGUAUUUAGGGCAUCAGGCUCUUGGUGAAACACUAUAAUAAAGUGGAAUACCUACUCUUCAUACUUAGGACUCUUAGUCUUUGAGAGUUGUAAAUAUAUGUAAAGCUUGUUACUGUUUAUAUACUACAGAAAAGGCUUUCAAAAAUAAGACUGAAAUACAAAAUAUGAUUGAUUAAAGUUUUGUUUAUAUAGCUUUAACAACUCUGCAGAGCAUCCGUAAAAUUCUAGUGUAAGGACGUUAAAAAAUUGCAUGAGAUUCAAAGCCCAUUAGCAAAAUUAUUAAUUUAAAACCCUAAUGUAAAUUGCAAAUUUUAGAAUUUAUUUUUAACUCUUAUCACAUGCUCUAAUGUAUGUAUAUAAGUUUCUGUGGCUUAAAUAAUUAAUGUUAUUACUUGAUAAGUUUUUGUGGUGUGAAUGAUUAAUGUUAUUAUUUUAUUGUUAUACCAUAUGUGCCCAUUAAGAUUCUUUUUAAUGAUAAAAUAUUUCAAAUAUACAGAGUAAUAAUAUAAAUGCCCUUGUACUCUUCACAAACUAUUUUGCCAUAUUUGCUUCUGAUUUUUAAAGAAAUAAAAUAUUCCUCUUUUGUACUCCUCCCCGAUGCCAUCUCCUCUUUCCCUCCCCAGAGCUAAUCUGUUCUGAAGUUGGCGUGACCUUUCCUGUUUUAAGAUUUUAUACUUUACCAUGUGUUUGCAUCCAUAAGUAAUUAUAUAGCAGUUUUAUUAAUUUUUUUUUUUGCGAGAGCCUGUUGUACGUAAUCUUUUGUAAGCUUUUUCACUCAACUGUUGUUUAGUAUAUUAGUUUACCUGCCAAUUCCCCCAAUGAUGGUCAUUUUAAUUACAACUUUUUGCUUUUUAGAACCGUGCUGCAUGUGUACAUUCUUGAUAACAUUUGCUCAUGCGGAUGUGCUAGGUAUUCCAGACAUACGUCUCUCAAAUGUAUUUUUAGGUAGUAGAUAUGUAUACUCUUUGACUUUAGAUAUUCUCAGAUUGCUCUCCAAAGCGGUACGCAAGUUUGCACUCCCAGUGACAGUUUAAGAGAAUUCUGGUUUUCUUGUCUUAUCACCACUACCUAGUCUUACCAGAUUUUUAAAAUUUUCUAGUCAGAGCUGUGAGAUAGUAGCUUUUUGUUUUAAUUUCUGUUUCCCUGGCUACCAGGAACCUUAGCUUCAUUUUAUAUAUUUACUGGUCAUUAUUUUGUGAAUUUAUUAUCUAUAUACCUGUUUUUCUCUAUUACAUGGCUGCUUUUAGUAUGUGGCUUCAUUUUAAUGUGGUCUGUCGUUAAUUAUAUAGAAUUUUGCAGUUAGAUUUAGUCAGAUUUAUCAUCCUUUUCCUUUAUGAUUGAGCCUUUUUUGUGUUAGGUUUUAAACAUUUAUUCCUCUCGUGAGUUAAAAGAAAAUUAUAUUUUGUUUCAAAAGAUAUAAAUUUCAAAAUAUGCCUGAUUCACCUGAAAUUAAAUUUUGUGAUUGUUAUAAGGCACAAAUCCUAUCCCAUAUUGAUAACCAGUUCUCGUAGCAUCCUUUAUCAAAUAGCAUGCCUGUUCCCCAUUAACUUUGUAGUGCCUCCUCUCUUAUAUUACCAAAUACUCUUCCAUGUGUGAAUUGGUUUCUGGGUUCUGUAUUCUGUUCCAUUGGCCUACUUAUCUGUGUUAAUUCUACACAGAUUCUUUGUUCUUGAAAAAAUAGCUUUAUAAUUAAUCUUGAAGAGUAGGUAAGAAGUCCUCUAUUCUUGUUCUUUCAAGACUUUCCUUGGAGAGCCGUAUUCUCUGCAGUUCAAGUACUCCCUUUCUCUUGCUUAUUAUUGUGGCUAGUUUGUCCUCACUGUAAUAAGUUGAUUUAUGGAAGAAUUUGACAAGUGCCCAUCUUAAGUUUUAUCUGUGUAACCAGGUGGCCCUUCUGGCCCUUUGCCAGAUCUUAUCCUUAAGGUCUUCCAACUCAAUUAUUCUCAGUUUGUUUGUUUCAAAAUUUGAAGCAAAAAGUUUGUGUGUUUGUGGCAGAAUGCUUGAACCUCUCCAUGAAUUUGUCUUUUUGUUUUAUAAAAGUUCCUUGCAAAAAGACUUUGGGCUCAAAAAGACUUUGGGUGUUUAGCAUGGAGGGCUGCUAAUUCAAUAGCUUUGAUAAUGUUUGUUGUUGUUGUUGUUGUUGUUUACUGUGGAUUUCUUUUUUAAGGAUAGCAACUUCUUUGAGGGGCACCGAAGCAUCAAAUAAUGUGUAUAUUUUGUAUCCAGAUUUUAUUAGGGGUAUCCGGGGAAAUUAAGAAACCUCUGUAUCUGUGGCAUUCUAAAUUGAUAUGUUAUUUCAAAUAUAUACUGGCUAUUGAUUUCCUCUUUUAUUUUUAACAGUGUGAUGUGUCCUAUAAAAGACUUACAAAAAGAGACCUUAUAAAAGACCACAGGUUUGUUCACUUGAGCCUGUUUGGCUUCUGGUAAGUUACAGUAUUCUAAAAGACCUUGGUGUAUCGUGUAUCCAGGUGGUAGUCUUCCUUUUCAUUCUUUAAAACAAAACCCAUUAACAAGCAGUAUUUGUAAGAAUUUACUAGUGCAGUAUUCAGAAUGUCUUUUCUGGGCAUUGACCCUUCUCGAACUGCAGAACCAGGAUCAUGGGAUUCUCUUUUCAUUUCUGGGUUUGAGAAAGCUGAACCAGUGGAUGGUAAAAUGAGAAAGAGAAAGUGAUAAUAUACUUUAUGUGGUACCAUCAGAUUUAAUUUGCAUAUUGAUCUUCUACCAUCCAUCCUUGCUAAACUUAUUUUCUCUAAUAGGUUUGUGUGUAUGUGUAUGUGUGAAUUUUAUAUGUAAGAUCAUGUCACUGGCAAAUAGAGAUAGUUUUACUUCUUUUCCAAUCUGGAUGCCUUUUCUUUCUUUUUCUUGCCUAAUUGCCUUGGCUAGAACCUUCCAGUGUUGAAGUGUUGAGAGCAGAUACCCUUGUCUGAUUCUUGAUCUUAAGGGGUAGGCUUUCAGCAAAUUGUGAUAUGAGCUAUGGUUGAUAAUCAGACUUAAAGGUGAACUUAGUACAAAUGUGAAGAUGUCUUCAACAACUUAAUCUAGGCUGCAGUUUCUCUGAUGUAAGAAAAUAAGCUAUUGGAUCCAAGGAUAAGCUACUAAGAGACAAUGGUAUUUAUUUGUUUUUAUGUAUGCCAUGCUGCUGAAGAACAAACAAUUAGUUUCUCAACCUCAGUACUUUGGGCAUUUUGAGGUGCAUAAUUCUUUGGGGGACUUCCCUGUGCAUUGUAGGAUGUUAAGCAGCAUUCUUGGCCUCUGUCUACUAGAUGCCAGUUCAGCAUCUCAGCUGUAGCAACCAGAAAUGUCCAGACAUUGCCAGAUGUGCCCUGGCUGGCAAAAUGACCCCUAGUUGAUUGCCUUAGAGCAUGGACUGAUCAAGCACUAUCGAAUAGAAAUAUAAUGGGAGCCGUAUUUGUUAUUUUAUAUAUUUUUUAUUUAAAUGUUUAUUUUUGAGAGCGAGAAAGGCAUGUGUGCAAGUGUGGGAAGGGCGGCGGUGGGGGGGUGGGGACAGAGGAUCCAAAGCGGGCUCGUUGGGACAGCAGAGAGACCAGUGUGGGACUUGAACUCUUGAACUGCGAGAUCAUGACCUGAGCUGAAGUCGGAUGCUUAACUGACUGAGCCACCCAGGCUCCCCUUUAUAUAUGUUAUUUUGAAGUUUGCUAGUAGCAGGGUACCUGGGUGGCUCAAUCGGUUGAGCAUCCAACUUUGGCUCGGGUCAUGAUCUCGCGUUUCACGAGUUCAAGCCCAUGUCUGGCUGUGAACUUGACAGCACAGUGCCUGGAGCCUGCUUUGGAUACUGUGUCUCCCUUCCUCUCUCCCCUUCCGCACUUGCGCUCUGUCUCUCUCUCUCAAAAAUAAAUAAAAAUAAUUUUAAAAAUUAAAGUUAGCUAGUAGCUACAUUAAAAAAAUGUAAGAAGAAAUAGGUGAAAUUAAUUUUUAAUAGCACAUUUUAACUCAGCAUCCACAAUACUAUUUCAACAUGUAAUCCAUAUAAGAAUUAGUUAUUAAAUUUUUGAGAUCCGGUGUGUAUUUUAAAUUUACAGUACAUUUCAAUUCAGAUGUGAAAUUUUCAUCAGAAAUAAUUGAUCUGUAUUUAGAUUUCAGAAAAUUUACAGUUAAAGCCUGGCUUUACAUGUACAUACAAAAAAGAAAGGUUUAUGAUAAUCUAGGAUGAAUCAAUCUGGACUUCUCCAAAUACUUCACCUGUGUCUUUUUUUUUAAUGUUUAUUUUUGAGAGAGACAGAGUGUGAGUGGGGGAGGGGCAGAGAGAGGGGGAGACACAGAAUCAGAAGCAGGCUCCAGUCUCUGAGCUAUCAGCACAGAGUCCAACGUGGAGCUCGGACCCAUGAACCGUGAGAUCAUGCCCUGAGCCAAAGUCAGACACUUAACCAACUGAGCCACCCAGGCUCGCCUUCACCUAUGUCUUGAAAGUCUUUAGCCUGUAAGAAUUCUGGGAUCAUAGCUUAUCAUUUGGUUAUUUUUUGAAUCACACGUACACAGUAUGGUUAUAUGUCCAAAUCAGCCAUAAUUUGAUCAUAUAUAAAAAAUAAUCCUGCUGCAAAUUUUACCUGGCAGUUCCAUUCAUUAAAUAGAACCUUUCCUAUUACAUGGUUGUGGCAUGAAGAAAGUACUGUAUCCUGAUAUUGGUCCCAGAUUAACCAUUAUAGAUUUAGACAUUUCCACACUUUGGGUGGUUGUAGUACUCUUGAGGGAUCUGGUGUUCUGUGGAAUUAUUAGUGGAUAAAGUGACCCAUAUCUGCAUUUUGUCGCCCACCUUUAUUUGUAGACCUGUCUUCCUAGUUUAGAAGAAGGUCGGGAAAGUUUUAAGUGCUAAUGUCUACUGGAGUGACAUUACCAGAGAGAGUUUUUGGAUAGUUGCCCUGUUUUUAGCUGCCAUAGGACAUUAAUUUUUCCCAUGGCCCUUCUGCUUAUGGUAUCCUUAAUCAUAGCUUUCUAAUUCUUAUAGAACACAGAACAUCUUGAGGGCCAGAAAUUUGUUUUGAUUCUAGCUUUUUGAAAUGUUAAGUGACAUCUUUGAAAUUGGCAUUUUUAAAUGCAUUUUUGAAAUUAAAAGGACAACCCCAUCUGCCUUUACAAAUUAGUUCUUGAGGAUACCCCAGAAUAUUGGUUGGAAUUUUUCCUGGGUCAGUUUUCGGAAUCUGCUAUUUAAUUCAUCUUGUUUGUUUAUUUAUAAUUUUGAAUUUUGUCCAAUCCAUCCAUAAAGGAGAGGCUCUUGGGAAUGGACUUAGGUAGUACAUUUCCUAUUUGCUUUCCCUUUCAAGGUCAGACCUUGAAUUAUGAAGAACUGGGUUAUUUAAACCAUCUCCUAGUUUUGGUAUUUUUGUUGUUGGUUUUGCUGCCUUCUUUUUAAUGUUUAUUUUUGAGAGCGUGCACGCAUACAAGUGGAGGAGGAGGGGGUUGCGGACAGAGGAUUGAAGCAGGCUCUAUGCUGACAGCAGAGAACCGAGUGCAGGGCUCAGAUGCACAAACCGUGAGUCAUGACCUGAGCCAAAGUCAGAUACUUAACUGAUUGAGCCACCCAGGCACCCUGGUUUUGCUGCUUUUAACUAUUUUGUUCCCAUCCGAGUGUCUAAUAAUUAAGUGAACUGGUUGGUACAGACUCCAGGACAAUCAAUAUCUAUAAAAUUUUGAACUCUACAGCAGAUUUGUCUUCUUAAGGUUAAGAAAAUCCUUUAUUUAUUAUAGCUCUCUACUUGAUUCCAGGCUAAGGAUCAAAUAUUAGUUUCUUUAGAUCUGCAUUCUGUCCCAGUAGUUUUGAAGGGCCAUGAUAUGAUGUAAUUGAUCUUCCCUAAAAAGAACCUUGAGCAAAAGAUCACUUCUUUUGGAGGUAAAAAAAGGUGCAGAAGGAUAGAAAGUUUGAAUGGAUGGUAAAGAUAAAACUGGGUAGAAAAAAGGUGCCAGGAAGGCGGUCUCAGAACGUUUGAAUGGCAGUGAGUCACUGUUUCAUUUUGAGGCCUCCACAUAUCAGUCAAAAGUUGACUGUUGCAUAUUUUAGGCUUCCCCCCCCCCCCCCGAUUUUUGUAGAGCUCCUUUGAAUAUAUUAAUUUUGAUGAGAAGGUCCUUAUAAUGGCUAUAAGUAAUACGAGUCAUUUUGUAGCAAACUUUUGCCAAGUUAAGCACAAGAGUUAGAAUUGUAGUGUGAAGACUGUCAGGAGGAGGUUGUGUCUUUGCCAUAGACAAAUCAAUGACAAGAAAAAGACAGUGCAUUUAUCAAAAGUGUGUUUGUUAAUGGUAGAUGGGGUUGCCCAGCUAAGCGGAGAAUAGGGAGGAGCUGGUGAUCAGUGACCCCAAACACUGAUGAUCCUGAGAUACAGACUAAACAAAGUGAACUUGUUUUACAGAUUGCCCGGCCUUGAGGAAUACUCAUGAAGAUUUCACAGAUGACCCAAGGCAAAAUUUGACCAAUCAUUUUAGCAGCCAAUUGUCAUCAGUCUAAUGGACCAUUAGUCUUUAGGGUCAAUUUAUAUUGAUUUGGAGUCUUAGCCUAUGCCUCCAUCUGUUCCCUAUGAAGCACUUCCUUAUACAUUCAACACACACAAGACAAUAAGGGGCAAAACAACACAUAAUACAAAAUUUUGUAUAAAUUUGUAUGAAUAGAUGAACAAAAAUGAUGAAAACAAGCGGUGGGAGCAUAGGUAGGUUAAUGGCAAAAAUCUUUACCAAAUGGUUCACUUCUAAAUCAGAAGGUCUGAUUAUCAUGUGGACAAAACAAAGUAUAAUAAGUACCUUAUCAUAUGAAGAUCUAUUUGUUUAGUAGAAGUCUUAGAUGAAAUAAAUUCAGCAAUAAGAACUCAAUGAAACUGCCCAAAGUUCAGAUUGUUUUUGAGAAACUCAUCUGGCAACAGAAUUGAGAACUAUUGGGAGUGUGGGGCUCAAGAAGCCACUGAUCUUUCCUGUUGGUCCAAGAAUCCGUUGGAAUACUGUCAAGUGAGGUAUUGUAAGUAAUCUUGUGAGAAUUGUCCAAAGAAGAGAUCAAGAUUACCACCUGAUAACUAAAGCAAGAACUGGGAAAGGGAGAAUGAUGCUGGUUAGACCUUUCAUUUUGAGUACCAACUGCUAAUUUCAUAUGAGGCUUUUGAGUCAGGGAUUGUUGUGUUGGUUACAGAGGUGGAGAAAAUUGAUGUCAGCCUCACAAACAUAGUUAUUCUGACAAGACAUGCCGGUCAGGUGGCUUUCAGCAGAUUACUGAUAAGUUUAUUGUUGAUUGGUUGACCUUCAAAGUAUGAGACUGUCACUGAAUGGCUUCUGAUACAAGUUGUCAGUGAUCAAUUAAGAUUAAACUGAGGCAAGUUAUACAUGAUCAAACAGGUUUAAAACUGGUUCCGAUUUACUUGUUACUGGCUGUAGAACAGUCUUUUAUUCACUUUUACUAGGCUCUUUUAUUCCUAAUAGAUUUGUCAGUUCUAUAGAAGUUUUUGCUAGCCUUACUUUUUAAAAAAUGAAGUGAAAUUCACAUGCAUAUAAUUAACCAUUUUUAAAUGGCCGGUUUAGUAACAUUUAAUACAUUAGCAGUUACUCCCCACCCUACCCUAACCACCAAUGUACGUUCUGUCUCUACAGAUUUACCUAUUCCAGAUAUUUCAUAUAAAUGUAAUUGUACAACAUGUGACCUUGUGUCUACUUUCUUUCACUUGGUAUGUUUUCAAAGCUCAUCCACAUUGUCGCACAAAUCGGUACUUCAUUCCUUUUUUAUGGCUGAAUAGGAUUCCAUAGCAUAUGUAUACCACAAUUUGUUUAUCCAUUCUUCUCUUUUAAACAAAAUAUUUUUUUAACCUUUAUUUAUUAUUGACAGACAGAGACAGAGCAUGAGCAGGGGAGGGGCAGAGAGAGAGGGAGACACAGAAUCCAAAGCAGGCUCCAGGCCCCGAGCUGUCAGCACAGAGCCCGACACGGGGCUUGAACUCACAAACCGCGAGAUCACGACGUGAGCUGAAGUUGGACACCCAACCGACUGAGCCACCCAGGGACCCCUCUAUUCUUCUCUUAAUGGGCAAUAAGAGUAGGUUUCUACCUUUUUGCUGAUGUGAAUAGUUCAUCUAUGAACAUUCAUGUACAAGUAUUUUUAUGAGUACAUGUUUUCAAUUCUUUGGGGUAUAUACCUAGGAGUAGAAUUGCUGGUAGUCCUAUGUUUCACUUUUUGAGGAAACACCAAACUGUUCUCCACAUCAGCUGCCACAUUUUAUAUUCUCAGCAGUGUAUGAGGGUUCCAAAAUCUUCCAUCCUCACCAACACGUGCUGGUUUGCUUUUUUCCCCAGUCAUAGCCAUCCUAGUGGAUGUGAAGUUGUGUCUCAUUGUGGUUUUGAUUUGAAUUUCUCUGAUGACCAUUGGUGUUGAGCAUCUUUUUGUAUAUUCAUUGACCAUUUGUGUAUGUUCUUUGGAGAAAUAUCUAUACAAAUCGUUUGCUCGUUUUAAAAAUGUUUUGUUGUUGUUGUUGAGUCGUAAGACCUUACAUCCACACACAAGACUGGAUACUAGAGCAAGAUCUCCUUUUUAUUUAAAAAAAAUUUUUUUUUUUAAUGUUUAUUUUUGAGAGAGAGAGAGAGAGAGAGAGACGGAGCAUGAGCAGGAGAGGGGCAGAGAGAGAGGGAGACACAGAAUCCGAAGCAGGCUCCAGGCUCUGAGCUGUCAGCACAGAGCCCGACGCGGGGCUCGAACUCACGAACCGCGAGAUCAAGACCUGAGCUGAAGUCAGACGCUUAACCGACUGAGCCACCCAGACACCCCAAGAUCUGCUUUUUAGAGGGAUAUUGAUGCUGUUUCAUUUGCGGAGAAGUACUUGAGAACUCAAUGAGGUUUGUCUCUGAAUGACAAAAAAUCUGAAGUAAAUGUGCUUUAAACAAGAAAUUUCUCUCCUUGUAAAUGAAGUCCAGAAGUUAGCAGGUCAGGGCUGUUAUAAAAAGCUCUAUAAUCAUGCUGGGCCUAGGUUUCUUAGUUGCUGCUUCACCGUUCUCAAAUUGUGGUUCCACUCCACGGUCCGGGUUGGCAGUGACACUGUGGCUAGUUUUGAGCACUUUACAGUCAGCGCGAAGGAUAGGAGAUGAAUACGCAUGAACUCUCCAAUGGCACUUUUGCUCCGUUCUCUGUCUCCUGCCCUACUCAGUGAGGACUUUUCACCAUGAAACAUGUGUAACAUUUGUGUCUUAGAUCUUUCCCUGUUUUGUCGUUUUAGUCUUUGUUCUCUUCAAGUUUUUAUCAGCUGUGCUCUAGUAGUUAGUUAAUAACUUACAAAAAAGUUAUUUUUAAUACCUUUAGUCUGGUCACAGUUAAUUUUUUAAAUUUCAAUUUACAUUCAUAUGUUGUUACAGUAUAGUAUUAUAGAGGGAUAAAUAAAAAUAUUUUAAGCACUGAAGUAUACCAUAAUUCUGUGAGGAAAGUGGAAUAAAAAUCCUGACCCAAUGAACGAUGUUAAUUAAACUUCUGACUGUUCAAGAGUUUGUUCUCAUAUUAUUUUAGAGAUGAUAGUGGGAGGCCGGGGUGUGGAAUCAGAUUGCUAUUGUGCUGAUCAAAUUGUUAGGGCAGCUAUCUUAUUUAAACUCAUGAUGGUACAUGUUAGUUACAAUUUAAGACUAUGUGAAGCGGUACAUACUUUCCCAAAAUUUGUUCAGAGGUCUGCAAGCAAUAAAGUUUGACGACACUGUUCUGGCAGGUGACAAGUGUAAGGUGGGCUGGCAGGUUCCCAUACCAAACUCGACAGAUCUGUGUCGAUAGUUUUAUAGAGAUUGAAAAAUAUUUUUAACUUGAGAUUUGGUGCUAGAGGAUCUGUCACGAAUAGCAUGUCACACUGUCUGUCUUCUAGGUGAGCCAGUCAAGUUAGGGUGCUAGGAAAUGUUGAAUAAAUUGCUUUACUACUUGGGCCAGAUCUUCCAGAGGCUCUGUCGCUAGGAUUCUAACCAUUGCUGGAAAAGAGAGAAAUGAAACAGAACUCUUUGUUGUCAGAGCUAAAUUCUUCCCUAAUGACAGAACUGAAAAGGUUAUAUUUUCUAUCAACAGAAGAAUAUACAUCUUGACAUGUCUUACUAGCCGUGGUUUUGUGGUUGUCACAAGAUUAUAAUUAAUUAAAUUUUUGGAAAGCGCUUUCCUUAAUUUAACACCUCCUCACGCCUAAUGUGGAGCUUUGUCAUAGCCAACUUGCCAGUAGUUCUGAGGGCAGUGCCUCUAGAAUUUCACAUCUUGUCUCACUGUGCUGGCAGGACCUCUCAGUGAGCAAUCUUCCUUGUUUCUUGAUUAGCUUUAUGACGGAAUAUUUCAAGUACUAACCACGAUAUACAUGUAUAGAUUUGGGGUACGUACUGUGUGUUGGAAGGUUUCUUUCUGUUCUUUGCUUAGAUUUUAAAGUCCUGAAUGGAUGAUGAGUUUUAUCAAAUGCUUUUUCUACAUCUGUUGAAAUGCAAGGUUUUUUGUUUUUUGUUUUUGCCUUCCUCUGUCCUUGAGGUGGAUUACAUAAAUAGAUUUUCUAAUGUUGAACAAUUCUUGUGUUCUUGGGAUAAAGCCUACUUGGUCUUGAUCAAUGUUAUUAUUACUAAUGAUAUAUUUGUGAGUUUUAAAAAUAUUUUUUCAAAUUUUGCAUCUUGGUUCACAAAUAAAAUCAACCCAUGAUCUUUCUUGUACUGUAUUUAUAUUCAUAAGUGAGAUUAACCUAUAAUUUUCUUACAUUGUUUCUGUUUGGUUUUGCUAUCAAUGAUACACUAGAAUCAUAAAAACCCUAAAACAUUAGGUUUCUUGAAUGUUUGGUAAAACUCACCUAUAAAAUAUCUGGUGCUUUUAUGGAGUGAAAGGAGAAUGGGCAGGUACUCAACUAGUUCAAUGGCUUUAAAUGUCAGAGACUCUUUAAGUGUUUGUUCUAGUUUUUCACACGUUUUAUUUUUUUAGGAAGUUAUCCAUCUGUUUUCAAAUUUGUUGCUAUAAAGUUAUUCAUGGUAUUUUCUUAAGGUUUUUAAUAUUUAUACUCUAUUUGCAAAUAUGAUCUUUUCAUCCCUAAUAUUUAUUUGUGCCUCAUUUCCUUUCUCUUGGUCUACUUUAUUAGAGGUCUAUCUAGUUAAUCUUCCCAGAGAACACGUUUUUGUUUUAACUGCUCAGAUUCUCUUAUGUUUUAUUAAUUCUGUUAUUUCUUUAUACUUUCUGAUAGUUUUUCCUUAUACUCUUUGUAACCUGUUGAGUUGAAUGUUUACUUAUUACUUUUCUUUAUUUUUCUUUCUAAUAGAUGCAUCUGGGGGAUGUGUUUCUAUAUACUUCUGGAACUAUAUUCCACAAGUGGUGAUAUGUGGUGCUUUUUCACCUUACAAUUUUCAAUAUGAUUGUUAAUUUGGCCCAGUUAUCUAAAAGUGAGGAUUUUUUAUUCUUUGUUUCAAAAAUAUAGGAAGCAUUUUGGCUAUUUUAUUUUCACUUUUUGAAAUAAAUUUCUACAUGGA